GCUUGUUUAGAGCACUGUUCUUCCUUACGGUUACGUAUUACAAGCCUUAAACCGUUUAAACGUUAAUAUGUAUGAAAACAUUUUAUUCAAAGAAGAGAUUUCGGCCUCCAUCACAAAACCAGCUAAUGAGCAAAAAGAAGUGUCCUGGGAGAACCUUAUUGAGGAUCUAACAGAUCUUAUUAAAAAAAAAUUAUGACGGAAAAAGCUUUAAAAUGUACAGAGGAGAUUGGAAGCGUAGAAUUAAACAAGUCGUAAAAUCCAUGGGUUACAAGCUCGAAAGGUUUGAUGAUGACGUGUUUGUUCCCUUGGAACCUGUCUUUAAGCAAUCAAAUAAAUCUUCAGGCUCAAAUUACAAAUUAGCAGUUGUUGAAAUCCAACGCGUUAUUGAGCUUUACAACAAUAUUCCUGAUUCGGAAAAGUGGAAACUUUCAACUG